GAAAUUUUGGGAAUUUACUUACUUAUAGGGUUCUUGAAUGUUGUUUUUUUGUCUUAGAGGUAGUAAGUUUUGUUUUUUUUCAGACGCUUCCUGUUUUCCUUGAUGCUCCUGUGAUGGCUUGGGGCGCGAUGAUUUCAGUGACAUUGAUUCUUCUAUUUGGUGAGAUCAUACCUCAGUCAGUCUGUUCUCGUCAUGGUCUGGCGAUUGGUGCAACAGUGGCUCCAUUUGUCCGUAUUCUAGUCUGGAUAUGCUUACCAGUCGCAUGGCCGAUUAGUAAGUUGUUGGACUUUCAACUAGGUCAUGGUUGUGUAGCCCUAUUCCGCAGAGCUGAGCUGAAAACACUUGUGGAUUUGCAUGGAAAUGAGGCUGGAAAGGGUGGGGAAUUAACACAUGAUGAGACAACAAUCAUUGCUGGAGCUCUUGAACUAUCUGGGAAAAUGGCUAAAGAUGCAAUGACACCAAUUACUGAGACUUUUGUGAUUGAUAUCAAUGCCAAACAGCCAAACUAGACAGGUCUUGGUUUGAUCUUGAGCUUUCCAAACCGAGCAAAUUCGUUUAAAGCAGGGUCCAGAAGCAAGAGGUGGUGGUCCAAAGAUAACGACUCGGACAUUUUGCAACUUAACGAACAUCCACUGCCAAAGCUAGCUGAGGAGGAGGAAGCUGGAUGUUAUAGAAGAACUUUUGCAAUUCUCUUAACUUUUUCCUAUUAAUCUGUUCAGUUAAGUUGUCAUUUAUUCAUGAAUGUGGCUGUAGGAAGAGAUAUUCGAUGAGACGGAUCAUCAUUUUGAAGACUCGUGAUAGCCUCAACUUCGAGUGCUCAAUAUUAGUUGUCUGAACCACAUAUGUACAUGGUGCUAUAGCUCAGAAGAAAUCCGAUUUCCCUGGUACAAGUUUUGCUGCGAAA